AUGGAGGUACGUACUCCGUCAAGCCGCUGCCCCACCUUGCCCCCAAAGGAGGCUCGGAGCUGUGACAUCGAGCCCCGCGUAUCCCGUCCACGUAACGAAGUACCGGAUCGAGGCUCCAACCACCAUCUCGACAAACCACCGCAGCAGCAGCAGCUUGAGCAGCAGUCAUGUCUUCUUCUUCUUCUCGUUCUCGCCAUUCAUCUGCCAAAUAUGCCCCCCCUUAGAGAAGCAACAGCCCAGCGGUCAGCUUUCUCUCAAUCACUGCGGCCGUACCUCCAGUGCGUACGAAGCAGCCUGAUUGCCGCCCUGACUCUCUCCAACUUCGCCUCCCAGACCACCGAGCGUCACAAUGUCCCCGAGAUCGAAGCUCAGACCUCCCCCGAGGUGCUGCUCACGCCCCUGACCAUUGCCCGCAACGAGAACGAGCGAGUCUUGAUCGAGCCGAGCAUCAACUCUGUCCGCAUCAGCAUCAAGAUCAAGCAGGCCGAUGAGAUUGAGAACCUGCUCGUCCACAAGUUUACCAGAUUCCUGGAAAUGAGAGCGGAGUCAUUCUUUAUCCUGCGGAGAAAACCUAUUCCUGGCUACGACAUUUCUUUCCUGAUAACAAACUUCCACACCGAAGAGAUGUUGAAGCACAAGCUUGUCGACUUUAUCAUUGAAUUCCAAGAGGAGGUUGACAAGGAGAUUUCCGAGAUGAAGCUCUUCCUUAACGCCAGAGCACGAUUUGUUGCCGAGUCUUUCUUGACACCUUUUGAUUAA